CACAGACAGCCAUGGGAUUGACAUCGGAAGACCCUGUGUCUCCCAAUGGUGGUCGCCACACUCAAUUCAAGGAAGCAUUGAAACACGAACUUCGAGCCCGUCUCAGCAAGACAGUACGUUCGAACGCAGGUCUUUCUUUUGAUGAGCGAAUUGAGAUUGCUGCGAAGGCCAAACAUGAUGAGACCUCGAAGCAAGAGCUGGUGCAGCGCAAAGCAUUGCAGGCUGCUGUAGAGAAGGGAAGGUCAAGGCCAACAUCAGCUCCAGUGCGACCAUCAAAACUGAGCCCAAACCAACAGGCCAUGCUCCAGGAGAGAAUGAAAAAGAUGAAGGAGCAGGAGGAUGAAUACAAGAAACAGGUCCAAGAAAUGAGACAGAAGAUGAACACGAGAGAGCCCUUGUUUCGUUUAUCUGACGUGCAAGCUGGGUUUGAGAUGCUACGGCAGCAGCAGGAGGAAAGGCGAAGGGAGCUGCAGCAAGAAGAGCAUGAACGAUGGGAGCACUUGCGUGCUGUCGAGGUCAGUGCCUUUCAGCGACCUUUGCUCGUUGAAGAUUUUAACUACAGACCACAACGCGACAACUUUGCAUCCACGCUUCGAGAGCCUCCGGAGCCCACCAUUGACAGCGAGGACUUUGAUGAACGUCUCCGAGCUGCUGUUGCUGAGAGGUGGUUCCAGGAGUCGGCUUGGGGCAAGAAACUUAAGGAAAUGAAGGAGAAGGUUGACAAUCGCAAGAAACUACAUCAGAUUCAGUACCCACAGAAGUGUGAUUCACACAAAUUGCCUAAAACCCGGCUCAUGCACUCGUACAUUUCUUGCAAAUGACAUGUUUUUGGCUUUGAUGCUUGAAAGGGCCACUCCAUUACCUUGACGGGACCUAUUGCUAUUGUACCUGCCAGCUGCAUCUGAAACAAAGGAGCAGUUCGCCAUGCUCUGUGCAGCAGGUCUGCAAGCUUUUAAGGGACAACAUUUGGGCCAGACUCCAGACUUUUCCAAGAAGAUGUGCUUCCAUACGCUUCGUCAAUCUCCAUUUUGACUGGGAGAUUUAACAGGGAGCUCCAAUAGUACAAAUGAGCGUAAGCCUGGGUCGAAAUGUGCUACUUUGCAAGC